AGCACAGAGAAGGAUCAAGUGUAUGUGGGUCUUCGUCUCGCCCUCACACACUUGCCGGCGGUCUUCUUACAACUCUUCUCGGGAUCUGUGGGUCCCUUUCCUCGGUGACAGGCUCCCCACACCCAGCAGUCACCAUUUCCGCCCCCGGGAGACCCACGCUGGCAGCGCAGCCCCUUCCCCGACUCAGCAUCGGGAGGAAGACCCUGGUGGCGGCUGCCGUAGGGGUUAUGCUGGUCCUGGUGCUGGUGGUCCUCAUCCCGGUGCUCGUCAGCUCUGUGGGAACAGAUGCCAGUCACUAUGAGAUGCUGGGCACCUGUCGGAUGGUGUGUGACCCCUACCUGAACAAGGGCACCCCGGCUAGCAGUACCAGCUCCACCGGGCUCCAAGCAGAGGCGGAGGCGCUGAGCGACCACAGCAACGUGCUUCCACCCUCCACCUUACUGCAGGGCCCGCAGGGGAAGCCUGGACGGCCGGGUAAGCCUGGUCCACCGGGGCCACCAGGAGAACCAGGGCCACCAGGACCUGCAGGGCCUCCUGGUGACAGAGGGGAUCAAGGGAGGACUGGGAUUUUGGGUCUGGGGGGGAAUGGAGCUAUCAGCACAGCCACCUACAGUACAGUACCUAGGGUGGCCUUCUAUGCAGGGCUUAAGAACCCCCACGAAGGCUACGAGAUCCUCAAGUUUGAUGACGUGGUCACCAACCUGGGCAACAACUAUGAUGGCAUCUCGGGCAAGUUCAUCUGCAGCAUCCCUGGCACGUACUUCUUCAUCUACCAUGUGCUCAUGAGAGGAGGGGAUGGCACCAGCAUGUGGGCAGACCUCUGCAAAAACGGCCAGGUACGUGCCAGCGCCAUCGCCCAAGAUGCCGACCAGAACUACGACUACGCCUCUAACAGCGUCAUCCUCCACCUAGAUGCAGGAGACGAGGUUUACAUCAAACUGGAUGGAGGCAAAGCCCACGGAGGCAACAACAACAAGUACAGCACCUUCUCUGGCUUCAUCCUCUACGCAGACUGAGAGACAGACACACACACAGAGACAGAGAGACAGUCAGACAGACAGACAGACGCAGAUUGAGAGAAAAAGUUGUUCGACAACGGGAGGGGAGGGGUGUGUUUGUUAAAAGCCGGAAUGCUUUCUAGUUUUCCUAAUUCUCUCCAUCAUCACGGACACCUCUGCUUCGUAUCCAUCAGCCGAGAUGUCUGGGCUCUGUAGCCGAGCCUGGAUGGGGACACACUGAGAGGGGCCGGGGGCAGGAGGCAUGAGAGGACGUGUUUUUUCUCUUCACUCCUUGCCACAAUGCCGACGUGUCAGACGCUCCCCGCUUUCUUUCAGUGUCUCUCCUCUGCAGCCCUGCUUCCAUUGCACAGAAAUAUCGACAUGAAAAAUGAAAAACCCUGCUAACGUGGAUGAUCUCACCUCUACUCUCCACUGUGGCAACAGUCAGCUGUACCGUCAGUGGACUCGAUUGACUGAAACUUGUAGUGUUGUUACGUGCAAUUUUUCCUUAGAGUGUGCUUUUAUUUUUUAGACAUGCAUUAUAUUCUACACAGAUUAGAUUUUAAAAAAAGAAUAUAUUUGUCCCUUGUGAAGAUAUCCUGUUUGACUGAGAGAAAUGAAGAUGUGUUAUUUGAGAUAUAACAGCUAAAAAAGAAAUAUUUCAGGCAGUGAGUGUUUAUUCUUCAUUGCUGGUUGCAAUAAAGUAACUUUAUAUUGUCAAUGUGGAGAAUAACAAUGCACUGUACUUUCCAAUGUAUCUGACAAAGGAAGCGUUUCAUACAGACAAAAUCCUUUCUACAUCACGCUGCUCUCACACAAACAUCCUGUUCCUGUUGGGAUUCAAGGUAGAGUUCAAAUUGUCUCUUCUAUGUUGUAGUUUUAUGUAGACACUCCACUCAGCACAACUAGCCGUUUGAUUGGACAGGGUCUAUUUGAAAAGCACUUGUGCUUUCUCUUUCGUUGCUGCACCAACCUUACAAGCCUUGUUACAUGUGGCUUCUGAAGAGGAGGAGAAGAAAGUCAACACGUCAGAGAGAGAGAGAGAGAAAGAAAGUCAGGAUGGAAGAAGGUGAGGGGGCUCAGACAUGCUAACAUUGACGGUGCAAUUUUGCUGUUUUCCGUGUCUGGGCUUCACUGAAUGUCAUCCAUUUAUUAGUCGCAUCCUCACUGACACACAGGCAUUAAUACGGUAG